GUGGGAUCCGACAGGCCGUGGACUUUCCAUCGCGUCUUCGCUUCGAUGAUGACCAAACAAAAACGCGUCAGCGCUAGCGUUGGCCUUGCCUCCAGUGGACAGGAACGGAGAGGAAGCGAUCGUGCCCACUGCCCACCCGCCGAACCAAAUCCGUAGCAGAUCUUCUAGAAACCGUCGGGCGUGGCAAUAAAGGCGCGCGCUGCAGGAGUGCGAGCGCUGGAUCCGCUUCCCGCAGGCACGAGCGAAUUUCCCUUCGAGCGGCGCACACGACACGACGCCACACGGCACGGGGUUCUCGGCUCUCUCCGAGCAAUCUCCGCGGGGCACCGUGCCACCACUGACGAGAGCACGCAACGCAAGCAGGGGAAAGGGGGAGAGGAGGUAGUGCGGAAUGGCGGCGUCGCUUGCAUCUGGGGAGGUGGCGAGGCGGGAUGGGGUGGCGGAGGUGGGGACGGGCGCGGGGGCGGGGACGGAGGAGGAGGAGGACAGGUGGGUGCGGCUGCUGCCGGAGCUGGUGGCGGAGGUGGUGCGGCGCGUUGAGGCGUCCGGCCGGGAGCGGUGGCCGGCGCGGAGGGACUUGGUGUCCUGCGCCUCCGUCUGCAGGCGGUGGCGCGAGGCCGCCGCGACGGUCGUGCGGCCGCUGCCAGAGUCAGGGAAGAUCACGUUCCCGGCCUCGCUCAAGCAGCCAGGGCCAAAAGACUUCCCGAUCCAGUGCUUCAUCAAGCGAAACAAGAACAACUCUAUGUUCUUUCUCUACCUUGGGUUGAGAAACAAUCUGACGGUUGCCACGGACAAAGGGAAGUUUCUCAUGGCUGCUAAAAGGUUUAGGCGGGGUGCUCAUAUAGAGUACAUUAUUUCUCUUGAUGCUGAUGUUCUGUCGCAAGGAAACAAGGCGUAUGUGGGGAAAUUGAGGUCUGAUUUUUGGGGAACAAACUUCUGUUGCACACAUUGCAGGUCUGAUUUUUGGGGAACAAACUUCAAAAUAUAUGACAGCCAGCCACCCUAUGAUGGUGCGAAGGUGUCAAGCACGCGAUCUAUUCGGCGUUUUGGAAGCAGGCGAAUUAGUCCUCAAGUGUCAUCAGGGAAUUUUGAUGUUGGACAGGUUUCCUACAAAUACAACCUACUCAAAUCCAGAGGGCCUAGGAGGAUGUUUUGCACCAUGGAGUGUCCAUCAGUUCAAGAGACCUGGGAGAAUUCCCUCAAGGUGAAGUCUCUAAGGCGAACGGGUACCACGGUCCUCAGAAACAAAGCCCCACGGUGGCACGAGCACUUGCAAUGCUGGUGCUUGAACUUCCAUGGGCGGGUGACAGUUGCAUCUGUCAAGAAUUUCCAGCUGGUGGCUACACCCGAUCCGGGCCAUCCUGAUAGCAUUGGGGAUGAGGAAACCGUUCUCCUGCAGUUCGGGAAGGUUGAUAGUGAUAUCUUCACUAUGGAUUAUCGCCAGCCGCUCUCAGCAUUUCAGGCGUUCGCCAUCUGCCUUAGCAGCUUUGGUACAAAGCUAGCUUGUGAGUAACAAUUUUGUUCGGAGUAGUUCAUGUCACAGUGUUGUUUCGGCCAGUUGAAAAUCUGCAGACGCUCUUCUCAUGUCAACUGGCUUCAUACUUCAGCCAGUUGAGUCGACUCUCUUCUUAUGCUGUUACCUUCUCUUCCGGUUUGGAUCAAGGAGCAGUUUCUGCCAUGUACAAUCAUUGUGCAGAGUUGUUUCUGGGACGAAAAAUGUAUGUAGGAUUAGCUUGUGCUUGGAAUUGAAAAAAGGAGAAGGGGCUUUUGUAUAUAUGACCUUGAAUUAAGGAGCUACCAUUUUUCGGUUUUCGUUGAGAGCCGCCAUUUUAUAUAUUGUUGUAAACCUGGCGAUGCUGUUUGAGUUAUAAAAUCAUGGUUGAUUGAAGUUC